CGCUGCUUUUAUAGGAAUUAGAAAGGCAAUUGAGAGCUGGAGCUAAGGAUAAUUAAUUCAAAUGUCUACAAUUAUUGAAGUGCACAGAUACAGCUUGAUUGGUAACUUGGAAAAUUGGCCUUUUUGCCAAUUUCAUGAUUUGGAAGUUGAAAGGACCUUUCAUAGGAGAGAAACUGUUGCUUGUACUUUGUUCAUCGUCAUCUGGUAGCUCUUUCUGCAGAAGAAAAAUAUCUUGAGAGACAAUUGAUAAAAAAAGACCCGGUGGUGGUCUUUCCCUCAAAACAGUAUCUCACUGUGGUCGAGUCAUGGCACACGGCCCCUCUAAGCAUAGGAAACAUGAUGGAUUGAUGGUGAAAAAUAUUCUUAUGCUGCCCAGUCUCACAACAGUAACAACCAACUCUAGGUGUAUGCACCAUCUUUUCUUUUUUCCUUUUGUAAAUUUAGAAGGUUAAAAAAAAAAAGUAUGCAAGUGACAGGUAGUCUCUGAUAACUGAAACUGUUCAGUGUUGGUUCCUUAUAGAGGACUCUGUGUCUCAUUCACAACAAGUGUGAAGGACGACACACUAUCGUGAAUACCUCUGCUGUUUCUGCACUGUUAGACUGUCCCAAAGUAGUGGCUUCAUUUCAUUACCCUCUCUCUCUCUUCCAUGAUUGAUAAUUCUGCAACUCCAAGUGCUAAAAACAUACUGAAACCUCUCUUUCUCUCUCUCUUUUAUUGUAUUCAUCCGACCUCUUCACUCUUUAAUACUUACUCUCUUCAAUCAAGAGCUACACAAGUUCAGCAAGUCACCAUGAAAACCCACCACCCCAAACUAAAAACUCAACCACGUCCCUUCUUUUCUUGUGGCUUCUUUCGCCACUGCACUCAAACUACACUCAGUCCCACCACUCCUCACCCUCCUUCCCUCCCUCUCUGCUCCACUGCUCCACCGCCUUUACCCCCAUCACCACCACCUCCUCCUCCUCCUCCUCCUCCACCACUACAAUCCCAACAACCUCUACUCUUAAAAUCCCAACAACCUGAAUCCUCCUCCUCCUCCUCCUCCUCUACCACUUCCCAAAGCUUCACCCAAUGGAAAUUCCCUCUCGUAACCUCUCCUCUCCACCCUGAAUCGGACCCACAGACCAAACCCGAUUCCACCAUCCCGUUGCCACCACCAAUUAACUCUACCAAACUCCAAGAGGUCUUCCAUGCAGCUGAGUUACAGCUGAGUGGUGGUUCUGAACAUGAAAAACUUGCUUCUCUCCAUCUCUUAGAACGUUCUUUAGUUCCUAACCCCCCAUCACACUCCGUCUGCCCACCCCAACUCAUGCGCGCGCUGGUUGCAAAUUUGAAAAACAAAGCAGGGGCGAAACCGGCAACCAAAAUUUUAUUAGCUCUUUGCUUAGCUGAGGCCAAUCGCCACGUGGCUGUUGAGGCUGGAGCUGUUGGGACUAUCAUUGAGGUUGUCAUGGAGCUUGAGGCUCCUGCCGCAGAGCGGGCAUUAGCAGCGUUGGAGCUGACGUGCACGGUGGAGGAAGGGGCGGCGGAGCUGAGGACUCAUGCAUUGGCGGUGCCAGUUAUGGUGGCUAUGAUGGGAAAAGUGUCUGGGAGAGGGAAAGAGUACGCUAUAAGUGCUCUUGCGGUGGUUUAUGGCGGCGGCGGCGGCGAAGGUGGUGGUGGCUUGGUGGCGGUGGAUGAGGAGGUUCAGGUGCAGCACGCGCCGCCUGAAGAGGUGGCGCGUGCAGUAGUAUUGGCGUUACAAGGCGAUUGUACUGCUAGAGGGAGGAGGAAAGGGCAUCAGUUGUUAAAGGCUCUUGAAGAAUACGGACGGUUAGAUGUAACACAUGAUGGACAUGAACAGUUAUGAAUUUCGAUUACAGAAUCCUCUACUCUGGACUCCCUACAGAGGCACUGAAGUGAAGCCGAAGACGAAGCCAAAAUGGAGGUUGCAGAGCGACUGAUUUUUCCUUUUUGUUUAUUUAUUUGUUACUAUUAUUAUUUUACUUUUGCUUUUCUGCUGGUUAUGGAAAGCCCAAUGGGCCUGGGCUGGUAUAGUUUAGUUUUUCUUUUCUUUUAGCUCCAAAAGCCUCCAGUAAUUUUAUCACACAGUAUAAUAGAUUUUCAGAUGUACUUGUAAAGUUUUUUCUUUCUAAUUAAUUUGAGUUUGUUUGCGUGCAAAAGAUAAUUGUUUCUUCU